CCAAAUCAGGAGGGAGUGGCUUUGUUUUAUUUUUUUCUCCCCCUUUACCCUGUGCUGUUAUUAGAAAUUUAAACUUAUUCAAAAAACGAUACCUCCCGCCUGGGGAACUGUGGACUGACUUGAAAGGAGGGAAAGUGGCUUUGUUUUCUUUUACACCUUCGAACAGUGAAAGCAGCAGCUUAUCAGGGGCAAUUGUUGUCUUUGGAUUUCGUGCUCGCACUCCUUUCUUUGGAUUAGACAGAUUGUGGUGGAGACUAGCCCUGAUAGUUUCAUCUCUCGGUGUGUUACUGAGUGCCAGUUGCAAACAGCUGGCUUUUGUUCUCUCUCUCCUUUCAAGAACUUUACUUUUGUAUGUUUUUUCUGCUAUUAAAAUUGGCUGGAAAACUUUUUAUUCUCCAAAUGCAGUGGUCAUUCUGGUGACAUUCUUAGUGCUUUUCUUUUUUAAAAAAAAAUCGUAUAUAAAAUACCGUCUCUAAAAAGAUCGGCUUUGACUAUAAAUGCCUGCAUUGUCUGUCUAAGCAAGCCCGUGUUCCAAGAGGACUUUAUCAACCAGUUGCAGCUCGGGAUUUUCUUUUUCCUGUUACGAGAAUUGGCCAGGCUGAUGCGAUUCAGAGACGCAGGGACUUCUCUGAGCACAUACGUGAGAGAUUUGGAGCGUGCGCCUUGACAACUUGAUCCUGGAGUUAAUGGUGGGCUCUGCUCCUCACGUUUUGCCUCAGUUUUUUUUCUGGACAAAAUGUACGAGCGACACAAGAGACGGUACAGCCUGUGUGAUAUUUCCAAGGUGGGCAGGACGGUAGACGUCGUGUUGUUGAAGAUAAACCGUGAAAGCUGGUGUCCAAUAGAGCCUUGUUCCGAUCCUUCACUGCUGGAGUCUAAGCGGACUCGUAAAUCUACAGAAUGUGAACAUUUCCUGGAGGAUGGGCUGAGCGGAGUCUGCACCUCAUCGCAGGGUAUCCUUAAAAGAGAAUCCGGGAGCGAGUCUGAAUUCUUCUCCUUGCCUGGGGAUGGGAUGGAUGACAUAGUCUUUGGAAAGCCAGAAGAGGAGCAGUCUGCUUGCGAUAUCACCAGUUCCAGCUCUUCAGCAGAUGACACGGUGUCUUUAGAGAGGAACUCAUCUCUCGGAAGUGACAUUUCCCUUCCACACGUCUUAAGCUCCAAUAGGCAUAAGGAUAGGCACAGUCUGGAUGGGAGCUGCAUCAAUAUGGCCAAUGCAGAGGGAAGGGACAGUGAACCUGCUGGCUCAGGCGAGACAGAAGAAGAGAUGGAUAGUAUCACAGAAGUGCCUGCCCAUUCCUCUGUCUUAAGAAACUCAAUGCGACCACUGUCGCCUUUUCGUCGGCACAGUUGGGGGCCAGGGAAAAAUGCUGCUAAUGAGGCAGAAAUCAAUCACAGGAGUUACAGCCUCGAAGGCCUUGCGGGCGACUCUGAUGAUAUCAAGAAGCCCCCCUCAAAUUUAGAAACAUCCUCCCUGAGCUCCAAAGACCUGAGACGUAGCCCACUCGCCAGUGAUGAACAAGGGUCCUCAGUCCUGCUCACUGAAGAAGAACUUGAAGAUGAGCAUGGGGAACUCAGAGGGUUUGAUCGUCAGAUACGCCAAAGAUCACAGCCUCAUGGAUUUAAUUUCUGUAGUUCUGCCAUGCCUUCUCCACUGACCAAAUCCAUAUCGCUGAUGACAAUCAGUCAACCAGGACUGGACAGCACGCGAUCGUUCAGUGGUACCAGCAGUUCCCUGGCUCAGAGUAUCUCUGAAGAGAGCUGCAACUUCCCACCUAACAGCCCCUCUAGGAAAGAUUUAGAGUGGAAAAGUGGAACAAAAGUCAGUCGCACCUUCAGCUACCUCAAGAACAAGAUGUCCAGCAGCAAGAAGAGCAAAGAAAAAGAGAAAGAUAAGGAGAAGAUUAAAGAGAAAGACAAAGAUUCCAAGGAGAAAGAAAAAGACAAGAAGUUGUUAAAUGGGCACCUCUUCAACACAACCCCUGUUGUGGGUCCCAUCACCUGUCACCACUGUAUGAAACCUUUCAACAAGGAUUCGUACCUCUGUGCAAACUGCAAUGCAAUUGUUCACAAAGGCUGCAAGGAGAGCCUGGCUUCCUGUGCAAAGGUCAAAAUGAAGCCACAAAAAGGGAUGCUGCAGGCACAUGAUACCUCAUCAUUACCCGCAGUAAUUAUGAGAAACAAACCCUCACAACCUAAGGAGCGCCCCCGCUCUGCAAUACUUGCCCCUGAUGAAAACACCGUCACCUCACUAUUCAAUAACAGGAGAUCACAACAGAGCACAGCACUUUCAAAAAGCGUUUCGAUACAGAACAUUGCUGGAGUUGGCAGUGAGGAAAGCUCAAUAAAUAAUUGGAAAUACCUGUCGCAGUCAACAGACUCUUUACAUAAAAUCAGCCGAGUGAAUGAAUCCACAGAGUCGCUCAUUGAUGAGGGUACAGACAUGAAUGAAGGACAGCUGAUGGGGGACUUUGAGUUAGAUUCCAAGCAGUUGGAGGCAGAGUCGUGGAGUCAAGUAGUGGACAGCAAGUUCCUGCGUCAGCAAAAGAAAGAUGUUGUCAAACGGCAAGACGUCAUUUAUGAACUGAUGCAAACAGAGAUGCAUCAUGUCCGAACGCUGAAGAUCAUGAGUGACGUCUACAGCAGAGGAAUGAUGCAGGAACUGCAGUUUGAACAGCAAACAGUAGAAAAGGUCUUUCCUUGCCUGGAUGACUUGCUGAACAUCCACAACCAGUUCUUCCAGCGGAUUCUGGAGAGGAAGAAAGAGUCCCUGGCGGACAAAAGUGAAAAGAACUUUGUCAUCAAGAGGAUAGGAGAUAUCCUGGUGAAUCAGGUAAGUGAUGAAAAAGCCGAGAGAAUGAAGAAGACGUAUGGCAAAUUCUGCGGGCACCACAAUGAGGCCGUGAAUUAUUUCAAAGACCUACUCUCCAAGGAAAAGCGGUUUCAGGCAUUCAUCAAGGUAAGAGCCAAUGGGAGAUGUAUUGGCAGGGCCAAUNNNCCUGAGUGCAUCUUGUUAGUAACGCAGAGGAUCACAAAGUAUCCAGUACUACUACAAAGAAUAUUAGAAUACACCAAAGAAAAUGAAGUGGAACACCAACACUUGACUCAGUCGUUAAACCUGGUGAAGGAUGUGAUCGCUGCCGUGGACAGCAAAGUCAACAAUUACGAAAAGAAAAUGCGUCUCAGUGAGAUCUACACCCGGGUGGACAGCAAGUCCAUCAUGAGAAUGAAGAGCGGCCAGAUGAUCGCCAAAGAGGACUUGAGACACCGAAAACUCAUCCGCGAUGGGCCUGUCUCACUGAAGAAUGCAGCCGGGAGGUUGAAAGAAGUCCAGGCUGUCCUCCUCUCAGACAUCCUGAUCUUCCUUCAGGAGAAGGACCAGAAGUACAUCUUUGCCUCAUUGGACACGAAAUCUACAGUAAUCUCUCUGAAAAAGCUCAUUGUACGAGAAGUGGCUCAUGAGGAAAAAGGCUUAUUCCUCAUUUCCACGGGAGUGCCCAACCCAGAGAUGGUAGAAGUCCAUGCCAGCUCCAAGGAGGAGCGUAAUAGUUGGAUACAACUCAUUCAGGACACCAUUAACACCAUGGACAAGGAUGAAGAUGAAGGAGUCCCUAGUGAGUCUGAGGUGGAAAAGAAAGAGCUGGAUGCCAAAGCUAAAGAAUUAAAAGAACAGCUUCAGCAGAAAGAUCAGCAGAUCCUCACGCUGCUGGAGGAGAAGGGGAAGAUUUUCAGGGAUAUGACCGACUGCAGUGUGCAAGAAGAUGGCUUGGUCUCCAGAGUGCUGUUCAGAGCCAACACUGAAGAGGCACCCAAGGGGGAGAACAUUAUGAAAAGUGCAAUAAAUGAGGUCGAGUUGUUGCAAAGCAUGGUGAGCAGGAGUCUGGGGAGUGCGCUGGGACCACAGGUCAGCAGCCCUAACUCUGAGCAAGAAGGAGUUGGCCCCAUCUCCCUUCCAAGAAGAGCAGAAACCUUUGGAGGCUUUGACAGCCACCAAAUGAACGCAUCCAAGUGUGGAGAGAAGGAUGAAAGCGAAGAUGCCCAGGAUCUUCGGAGGACAGAAUCCGACAGCAUUCUGAAGAAGGGUGGAAACGCUAAUUUCAUGUUCAUGUUGAAAAGAAAUAAUGAGCAUGUUCUCCAUAGCAUCACCCAGCUCCAUAACCUGCUUAGUGCUUUGCAGGCUGUCGUGCUGCAGCAGGACACGUACAUUGAGGAUCAGAAGAUGGUUCUGAACGAGAGAGUGUUGACACGGACCUUCUCCAGGCCGAACUCCUUGAUCGAGCAGGAGAAGCAGCGGAGCCUAGAGAAGCAACGCCUGGAGCUGGCCAACCUGCAGAAGCAGCAAGCCCAGUACCUGGCGGAGAAACAGAAGAGGGAGAAGGAAUGGGAGGCACGGGAGAAGGUGCUAGCAGACCGGGAAAUGCGGCUGUCCCAGAGAGAAGAGCAGGCUCAGAAGGGGCACCAAGAGCUGGAGAAGGAGAAGGAGGAGCUGCAGAAGAAGAAGUCGGCCUACCAGAUCGACCUGGAGAGGCUCCGUGCUGCACAGAAACAACUGGAGAGGGAGAAGGAGCAACUCCAGAGAGAAAUGGAGCAGUUGCAUCAUGCACAGCUGAAGCAGCCUGGCCACAAUCAGGUUUCAAAGCCGCAUGAGAAAACUAUGUGGACCCCUUCCCUGUCCCCUGCUGAGGACCCCUCCAAACAGCAAAGCUCUUCCCUUCCCGAGCCAGGGCACUUUGAUUCAGAACUGUCUGUCUCACCCAAAAGGAACAGUCUCUCAAGGACAUCAAAAGAGAAAUGCCCUUCCAAGUUGCAUAGCACAACCAAUCAGACUAACAAGGUGGCUGAGGGGCAGCACCAGAUACCUUCCCGCCUCUUCAGUUUAGGGCAAGCCAAGCCAAAGGACAAGAAGGAAAAGAAGAAAAAGAGCAAAAGCCAGCGCUCCCAACCUGCUGAUGCCCAUUCAUCAGAAGCACCACUGGAGGGCAAGGAAAUCUUCUGCUGAGUGUCUGCUCCUAAUUCUGCUGGGAUAAGGCUCCCUCUUCACUGUACUGUAUUAGAACCCAUGCAGGCGUCUGGCAGGGCCAAAGCUCUCCUUGCCCACUGAGUGCUCUCAGCCAUUGUAUGGAGGAAAGCUCCCUGCCCCCACCCUGCAGCAGGUUCCUGGUUCCUCCAUCCACCAAGCUUGCCAAGCCAUGCAUUCAGUGAAGCAUGCAUCAAGGUUGCAAGAGGCGGGCGCAGGGCUCUAGCCUUCAGUCUUGUAUGAAUCCUGGCUGCAGGGGCUGACCACAUAGCAAGCAGCACCCACUCCCUAUGCAAACCUUGGUUUAAAAUGACCUGUGCAGAUAAUUCCCUAUUUCUCUUACUGGUCAAGGUUGAGAGAAGGUGGCCCAAGGAGUCUGUGCCUCUGCAUUCCCCUUUUCUGGGGAACAUAACCAAACCCAAGCAUUUAGCAAAAGGUUAGGACUCUGCAGAUGGUGCGUACACACUGGCAUAUAUAGAUAUACUGUGUGUGUGUGUGUGUGUGUGUGUGUGUG